AGAGAGAUCAUUGCUGGGAGGACAUUGCUGGUUGGUUGUUUCUCAGGCAGUUGAUGGCCGUGAGAGGACCUGAUACCCGCCCGGGACCCUGCUAUGAGGACGAGGAGCGACAGUACGCAGCCCACUCCAGGAGAGCGGAUCCGAAUGACUACCCCACCCAGUCUAGGACAGCACCCGGUUACCCCGGCCGAGGCAACUACUACCCCCCUAAAGAGGCCCAGCCCCGCCCCUCUAGCCAGCCCCCUGGGCCACUACAGGUGGACCCCAGGUACUACCCAUCCUCGCCCCACCGGGCUGACCAGCACCAGGAUGUGCCCCCCUCACCAGGCACCCGUGCCCCCCGCUACGAGACAGUGGGCAGGGACGGUUACCAUGACGCCAGCCCUGAGUGCUACGGCGGCGGCUACAGGGACGGCAGGCAGCCAGACCCAGGCCAGAAGAACAGCAUGAUCGGAGCGGUGAGUCCAGAAUGACUGGAGUUAGACAUAAUGUACAGAUUGGAAAGAGACUUUUAAUUGAAUACCAGCCAAACUCUUGCAGGGUUGCUGGCUUGCACAAACUUUUUGCACAAGCUUAAAAACAGGCCCCUCCCCUUCUGGAACAACAGUGAGAGGCCAGGGAUGGUGAAGUUGGGGUUUUGACUCAAAAGGCACCCUAUUCCUGAGAUAACGGAAGACAACUGGACAAGAAGUUGACACUGGACAGGAAGUUGAUCCUAAGAAACAAGGUCAGAGGAACAGGAAGUAGGGAACAGGAAAUGAAGUCCACAUCAAAGCGUUUUUGCCCGCCUGCCGUGUCCCUUCCAUCCGCAUUUUAGAUGUGGGUGUCUUUUGAAAGUGUUUUGUUUUAGUUGUGGCCUUUGCUAAAAAUGAAAAAAAAACUUCCAUCAACAGUUUUUUGCCUAUAACAAAUUUCUGCUGCCCAUAAUGUGCUUUUUUAAGUAAAGUAUAAUGUGUGUUGUGAUUGAUUUAAACGGCUGUGUCAAAUUUAGGUUAUCAUAAAGACACUGUGGUCCUUCUGUGGCUCAGUUGGUAGAGCAUGGCGCUUGUAACGCCAGGGUAGUGGGUUCGAUUCCCGGGACCACCCAUACGUAGAAUGUAUGCACACAUGACUGUAAGUCGCUUUGGAUAAAAGCGUCAGCUAAAUGGCAUAUAUUAUUAUUAUAUUAUUAUUAUAUAUAUUACUGUUUAACAAAUUAAAAUGUAUGCUCUG